AUGGAGCAGACCCAGCCUUGUGGUCUCUACAGAUUACGGUAUGGUGGACAUGUGGCCCUUCUUGUAUGGUUUAAGAGGGAAGACGAAGAGUUGAGGAAGUUCGCUGCAGAUGGGUCUUUGAAAAACCUUGCUGGGCUUGUACGAAACCAGGAGAGCCAUGUGUUGUGUUGGGCAUACGCAGCAGGGGACCUUGUUAGCACCGAAAGGGUAAUCAGAGGUUUGAUACAGAAUUUGUUCCGCUCUGUCCCUAGGACCUUGUUGAUAACAUGGAGCCAAAGGAGAGAGGUAAAGACGAAGAAGCAGGUAUAG